GCGGCCGGGCGGGCCUAUCCGGCGCCGGUCAUUGUCCUGACAGAGCGGCCGGGUUGUCUCGGCCCCGCAAGCCUGUCCACCCAUCCUCCAAUCACCGUGGGCAGCCGAGGGAUGGCCACCCAGCUGCUGACGGAUGAGGCCCUGGAAUCAGUGACCUUCAGGGACGUGACUGUGGACUUCACCCUGGAGGAGUGGCAGCAGCUGAAGCCUGCUCAGAAGAAUCUGUACAGGGAUGUGAUGUUGGAGAACUACAGGAACCUGGUCUCGUUGGACUGGGAGACUAGACCUGAAAUGAAAGAGUCAGAUCCAAAGGAGGACAUUUCAGAGGACAAACCAUCCUUUGGGGUGGUCACAGAGGUACCUACAAGGAAUGGUGGCUGGUGUUCUACCUUAGAAGGAGCAUGGAAACAGGGUGAAUGGCUGGAGAGACAGCAGGGAAGUGCAGAAACCUGUUUGGAGCCAUUGGAAAUUUCUCAAGAGAACAAGCUCACUGAGCAGUUACACCCUGAAUGUAAUGAAUUUAAGGCAUUUUUUAACCCAAACUCGACCCUCAUUCUGCCAAGGUUGGAAGAUCCAACAGAAAAAGGGAGCCAUGCUUUUGUAAUGCAUGGAAAGCACUUCUCAAGUAACUCAGACUUAAAUAAACCCUCUAAACUCUAUGUAGAGAAGAAAUCCUAUGACUGUAGUGUGUGUGGCAAGGCUUUCAGCCGAAGCUCAUCCCUGGUAAAGCACCAACGGAUUCAUACGGGAGAGAAACCCUUUGAGUGUGACAUCUGUGGAAAGCACUUCAUUGAACGCUCAUCCCUCACCAUUCAUCAGAGAGUUCACACUGGAGAGAAGCCCUACGAAUGUAACGACUGUGGGAAAGCCUUCAGCCAGAGGAUGAACCUCAUUGUGCAUCAGAGGACUCACACUGGAGAGAAGCCGUAUGUAUGCAACGUGUGUGGCAAAGCCUUCCGGAAGACCUCAUCCCUCACUCAGCAUGAGAGAAUCCACACGGGAGAGAAACCCUACACGUGUGGGGACUGUGGGAAAGCCUUCAGCCAGAACAUGCACCUCAUUGUACACCAGAGGACACAUACUGGGGAGAAACCCUAUGUGUGUAGUGAGUGUGGGCGGGCCUUCAGCCAAAACAUGCACCUGACUGAACAUCAGAGGACUCACACUGGAGAGAAACCCUAUGAGUGUAAGGAAUGUGGGAAAGCCUUCAAUAAGAGCUCAUCCCUCACUCUCCAUCAGAGAAACCAUACUGGAGAGAAACCCUAUGUGUGCAACGAGUGUGGGAAAGCCUUCAGCCAGAGUUCAUACCUCAUCCAGCACCAAAGGUUUCAUAUUGGGGUGAAACCCUUUGAAUGUAAUGAGUGUGGGAAAGCAUUCAGCAAGAACUCAUCUCUCACUCAGCAUCAGAGAAUUCACACAGGAGAGAAACCCUACGAGUGCUACAUUUGCAAGAAGCACUUCACGGGACGCUCAUCUCUCAUCGUGCAUCAGAUCGUCCACACCGGAGAGAAACCCUACAAGUGCAACGAGUGUGGGAAAUCCUUCAGCCAGAGUGCAUACCUCAUUGAACACCAGAGGAUCCACACCGGAGAGAAGCCCUACAAGUGCAAUGAGUGUGGGCGGUCCUUCAUCAAGAACUCUUCACUUACGGUCCACCAGAGAAUUCACACAGGAGAGAAACCUUAUAAGUGCAGUGAAUGUGGGAAAACCUUCAGCCGGAACACAAACCUUACUCGGCAUCUGAGGAUUCACACCUAGGAGAAGUGUGGGGAGCAUUUCUGCCUGGGGUUUUGCUUCAUGGAGCUUCAGAAUUUACUCUGUUGUUAGCUGCCAUCAAGUUGAUUUUGAUUCAAGAUUUUGUCAGAGUAGGACUGCUCCAUAGAGUUUUCAGUGGUUGUGAUCUUAAUAGAAAUAGAUCACCAGGCCCUUCUUCUAUGGCACUGCUAAGUGGGUUUGAACCAGCAACCAUUAGGUUAGCAGCCGAGCACAAACCACUUGUGCCACCCAGGGACCUAGGGUUCUCAAAUUAAUAUCAUUAGUGUGAGAAGUCCUUCCAUUGGUGCACACAGGUAACUCAGUAUUUGAGAAGUCACACCCCAAUGGAGUCUUAUGAAUGUGGGAAAGUCCUUCAGUCCAUGAUGCUCCUUUUCUUACAGAGAGUCAGAAGAUCCACAGUAGAGCAAACCCCUGGAGGUCUGGCAUAUUUAGGAACAUUUUAAGGUUAACUGUAGGUGGUAAGGAAACCCUGGUGGCGUAGUGGUUAAGUGCUAUGGCUGCUAACCAAAGGGUCAGCAGUUUGAAUCCGCCAGCCACUCCUUGGAAACUCCAUGGAGCAGUUCUACGCUGUCCUCUAGGGUCGUUAUGAGUCAGAAUCAACUCGACGGCACUCGGUUGGGUUGGUAGGUGGUAAUGGAUGGAGCAAGCAGUUUGUUCUUGACUAUUAGCCUAACUCAUUGUGACUUUACGUGUGCAGAGUAGAACUGCUCCAUAGGGUUUUCAAGGCUGUGACCUUUUGGAAGCAGAUCACCAGACCUUUCUUCCAAGGUGCCUGUGGGUGGGUUCUUACUGCCAACCUUUUCGCUAAUAGUCAAGUGCUUAACUGUUUGCUCAACUAUGAGUUGGAAUUGACUCAGUGGCAAUUAACAACCUAAAGGUUGGCAGUUCGAACCCACCCAGUGGCCCCAUGGAAGAAAUACCUGGCAAUCUGCCUCCAUAAAGAUUACAAUCAAGAAAACCCUAUGGAGUGCAGUUCUACUCUGUAGUACAUGGGGUCACCAUGAGUCAGAAUCGACUUGACAGCAAUGAGUUUGGUUUUGGAAGGUGGUAACAGGAGUUUCACAAUAGGAACUUAGGGUAUCUGAGUUCCAAAUCCAGCUCUCUGAAUAAAUUGUUAUAUGAGCUUGGACAAAUCACUUCGUGUUUUCGAGUCUCAGUUCCCUCUGUAGUAAAAGGAAAGGGGAAUGCGCUCAACACAUGAACACUGGGACAUUUUUCCCUUUAUCAUCUGCACCCUAGAGUCCAGAUGUCCCAUUUGUCACCAUCUGUGAAUUUCCUUGAUGGGUUAAGAGCUAGAGGGGCUUCAGUCCUCCCCACCUCUCAGCCCCCUUACAUGCUCCUACAACACACUGUGGAGGCUACCAAGCUACCAGGCGCUGCAAGUGUUUGAGUCUUGUGUGGAAAAAAAUAUUUUUUGGAGUUAGCAAAUAACAAUAACUGCCUCAAAUGCCAAAGUUUCUUAUAGUGCUGUUAAUUUUUUUUAAAUAAAACUUUUAAUUAAGGGAGACCAUGUCAUAAAGAGGAGCCCAGGUGGCGCAGUAGUUAAGUGCUUGGCUGCUGAAAGGUCAGUGGUUGAACUCACCCAUCAGCUCUGUGGGAGAAAACACCUGGUGAUCUGCUUCCAUAAAGAUUACAGUCUAGGAAACCCUACAGGGCAGCUCUGAUCUGUCACUGAGUCAGACUCAGCUUGAUGGCACACAACAAGAAGUCACUGAAGUAGGCUGUAGGUGUGAGAGAAACUGAUACUUAUUGUCCCGUCAAACUCCUUUUCAAGGAUUGUGGGGCAGAGGAGGGAAAACAAAUACCAACAGGUUUGAUAUUGAGGUUUAAGUAUGUAUUGGAUUUAAUGAAGAGUCCCUGGGUGGCGCAAACAGUUAAGUGCUUGUCUACUCACCUAAAGUUUGGCAGUUUGACCCCACCCAGAGGUGCCUCAGAAGAAAGGCCUGGUAAUCUGUUUCCAAAAGGUCACGGCCUUCAAAACCCUAUGUUGCACCAUUCUGCUCUGCACACGUGGGGCCACCAUGCAUCGGAAUCGACGGCAACUGGUUUUGGUAAUGGAUUGAAUGAGUAUACACAUCAAGUACGGAUCCUGCUGUCUGUUUUUUAGUUAUUUUUAUAGUUAGAGUAACUCGAAGGUCAUUUAAAGUUAGCUCCCCAAAGCUGACUUGAAGAAGAGGUUGCCUGCCGCUCUGUUUACACGUGUAGUUUUUCCCCAAAGUCUACUUCCUCUGGGGACUUUUAUGCCACUAUUUUAACAUUUGAUGCUGUUGUUAGGUGCCAUUGAGCUGAUACCAACUCAUAGUGACGCCACGUGACAGAGUAUAACUACCCCAUAGAGUUUCCUAUGCCGUAAUAUUUAGGGGAGCAGAUCACCAGGUCUUUUCUCCUGCAAAGCUGCUGGGUGGGUUAGAACCGCUAACCUUCUGAUCCGAAGUUGAGUGCUUAACCAUUGUGCAACCAGGGCUCCUUACAUUUGAUGCUACUUGUUGUUAAUCUGUCUUGCUGUUUCAGAAUGUUCCACACUUCCUGACACUGGUGUACACGAAGAAUAAAUAAUUCAUUUUUUAUCAUCUGUAUCAGUAAGCACAUUUUGUGUAGUAAAAACAGCCACUCAGGCAUGUAAAAUGACAGUUCUUUGUCUAUCUGUUGGGUGGGCAUCAGGGUAGGUUUGAUCAAAGCACUCGUCCUCAGAGCCAUAGCCCUUGUUCUCUGUGAUUCCCUGGCUUCUUCCCCGAGCUAGCUUCUCUUGUGGUAUUAUAGUGGUUUCCAGCAGCUCCUGACUGUGUGUUUUCUAAGUUACAUCCAGGAGAGAGACUUGUCCUAGUCAUUGAAAACAAUCCCUAAGCUUCAUUCUGUUGGACUCACCUGUGAACUGUGGCCAGAGAAAUAUCAUGUACUGAUUGGCUUUGGUCUGGAUCUUGUUCUCAUGCCUAAAAUAGUAGUGGUUGCAAAGGGCAUGAGAUUGAUAGCCAAGAUUGGCCUGAACCCACUACCCACCCAUGAUCUGGGGGUGAAAUUAAUCCCACUCAAAUCACAAUAUAGGGGGAAUUAUGAUACAGGGAAGGUGACCCCAACAUCCACCCCCGUCAUUCCAAAGAGGUUUAACAUGGUUUAUAGUCAAUGGCUGCUUUGGUUUUCUUCAUGAAAGUGAGGUCUCGUCACAGAUACCAUUUUCUUUGGGAAGUCCUCUCAUCGUCAUGGUUACCAGGAGGACCCUUAGUCAUUCUAAGAGAUGGGGGCAGGAAAGCUUGGAUCCUCAGUCAAGGGUCAGGUUGGAGGGGGUGAUGGCUCCCUGGGAGUAGGACCAGAGAGUGACCAGAAUGGUCAAGAAGCUCAAACUCACAUCAGCUUGUACCUGCAUGGCUAGUAUGCCUUAUCCGCACCCUCGUAUUCCUGCUGGAAAACAAUGACAAAACUAGCAACAGUCACCAACGGUAUCUGGGGGAAUUUGGGAGGGCAGACGACCUUGUCAAAGUUGUUGAAAAUGGCUGGACAGAAGGUGAGUGAAGAGGAAGAGAAUUUGGAGCCCCGGUUGUGUAAGCCUGAGUAGUCUUACUUAACGCCUCUGUGCUGCAGUUUCCUUACUUUAAAAAUGGGAACAAUGAGACUCCAGAGUUGAUUGAUGGAUCAGUCAGGGGAAGGUCAAGCUGCCAUAACAAGUGGAGCCAACAACAGAGACUUAAAGAACAAAGUCUUUCUCGGUUUCUGUUCUCCCUUCUCCUCCUGAGUUUCUCUUUUUCUUAUUUUGUUUCUGUCUCCCUCUCUGCAUUUCUCCAUUCUCUUGCCUGCUUGCCCUCUGAGUUUCUGUUCUCCCUUUCUCCCUUUCACGGGGUUUCUCUUCUUCCUCUAUGGGUUUCUGUUCUUCCUUCUCUCCCUCUCUGGGUUUCUCUUUUCUCCUUUUCUCUCUCUCUCUGCAUUUCUUUGUUGUCUCCCUCUCUCUAGUUGCUCCACCCUCCCAUAGGUAUUGAUCUUGUCCAUAUGGUUGACGCUGACUUGCCAGCACCUCCUAGAAAUUCCAUCUUAAAGGGAAAGAAACGUGAUGACCUUAGGUUGCAGUUUUUGAUUCAGAAGCUGCAUACAUGAUCUUUUAUGUGCCAUUGGCUCAAACGUAGCCAUGGGGCCACACUUAGCGGCAAGGGAGUCUGGGAAAUAAAGUCUGUAGCUGGGGGGUCAUGUUCUCUGUUACAACUUGGGUGGAGAGGAGGGGGAAGAAGGGUAGAAUAGAUGGAGGGGGGUAGUAAGUAGUCCCUAUCAUAGGAGCAAGGAGCCCUAGUGUCACAAAUGGUUAAACACUUGGCUGCUAAUCAAAAGGUUGGAGGUUCGAACCCCCCAGGGGUUCCACAGGAGAAAGACCUGGCGAUCUGCUCCGGUAAAGAUUACGGACUAAAAAACCCUAUGGGGCAGUUCUGCUCUGUCAUGUGGGGUCGCAGUGAAUCGAAAUCAAGUUGAUGGCACAUACCAAUAACAAUCUUUAUAGAAGCAGAUCGCCAACCCGUCUGUGGUGCUGCUGGGUGAGUUUGACCCACUAACCUUUCAGCUAGUAGUUGAACACAAACCCACCCAGGGAUCUUUAUCCCUAAGUAUUGUUAUUUGCCAUCAAGUUGAUUCUGACUCAUGGCAAUCCGCCCCCACCCCCCAUGUGUUACAGAGUAGAACUACUCCAUAGGGUUUUCUUGGCUGUGAUCUUUACAGAAGCACAUCACCCACCAGGUCUUCCUUCAGUAGCGCCCCUGGGUGCAUUCGAACUGCCAUCCUUUUGGCUAGUAGUUGAGCACAAGCCAUUUGUGCCACCCAGCAACCGUUCUCCCGGAGUAACAACCAAAACCAAACCCCCUGCCAUUGAGUUGAUUCUGACUCAUAGCAACCCUAUAGGACAGAGCAGAAUUGCCCCAUAGGGUUUCCAAGGAGCGCCUGGUGGAUUUGAACUGCUGACCUUUUUGGUUAGCAGCCGUCGCUCUUAACCACUAUACCACCAGGGUUUCCUAUCCCUGAGUAGUAGGCUUCCUGAGUAGCAGGAUUCAACUCCAUGCAGCCUGUAAAUUUAUUCAAACAAGCCAAUCUCAUCCUCUUAUUACUACCAAGCCUGCCUGUCACAGUCCCUGCUGGUUUACUCUGCUCCAGAGUACAAUCCGUGUGGCGUAUGGUGCCCUCCUCCCUGGGCUAUGAGUUGUUAGUUGCUGUCGAGUGGAUUCUGACUUAUGGCAACCCCAGGUGUGCAAAAUAGAACUGCUCCAUAGGCUGUGACCUUUCAGAAGCAGAUUGCCAGGCCUUGCUUCCAAGGCACCUCUGGGUGGGUUCGAAUGGCCAACCUUUCAGUUACUAGUUGAACACUUAACUGUUUGUCCCCCACCCCCCUCCCCGGGACUCCUUGAGCUAUGAGUAUACAUUCUUAAUAAACUAUUGUCGAUCUCAUCUGUCCAGUGUCAGCUGUCACAUGCUCAACCAUCACUGUAGCCCUAGGGAAGGACCCCUCCCUCAUCCACAGGAUGAACAUGAGGCAAUUCCUUCUCUGGAAGUUAGGCAACUACACAAGGUGAGCGAACGAUUCUCUGAAAUUGCAGAUUUCUCUAUGAUCCCGGGCAUACUGAAUGUGUGGCUGUUGUUAGGUGCCAUCGAGUCUGUUCCUACCCAUGGCGACUCCAAGUGAGAGGAGGACUACCUCACAGGGUAUUCUAGGUGGUAAUCUUUAAAGAAAUAGAUCACCAGGUCUUUUCCCCACAGGAGGCCAGCCUGUGGGUGGCCAAUAAAAGCCUGGGAAGAUGGAGGCUAACUGAAGCUUCCUGGGUUGAAUGUAUGAACAUUCUGCUCCUGGGGGAGGGGCAAGCAUGUCCCCUGAGGACACGGAAGCUCCAUGCUGAAGAACAUCCCCUUCCACCCAAUCCCUGCCUCUAGGUGGAGAUCUAGGGGAUGUUGUUGUUGUUGGGCUCCAUCGCGUCAAUUCUGACUCAUGGCACUCUCAUGUGUUAGAGAACUGCUCCAUAGGGUUUUCUUGGCUGUAGUCUUUACAGAAAGAAGGCCUGGUGGUGCAGUGGUUAAGCACUGGGCUGCUAAAAGAAAGGUUCCAACCCAACAGCCACUCCGUGGGUGAAAAGACCUGGCAAUCUGUUCCUGUAAAGAUUUCAGGCUAGGAGCCUAUGAGGCAGUUCUACUCUGUCCUAUAGGGUUCCUAUGAAUCGGAAUCCACUCGACAGCAAUGAGUUGAUGUUUACAGAAGUAGAUCAUAGGCCUUUCUUCCAAGGCGCCUCUGGUGGACUUGACCUACCAUCCUUUUUGUUUGCAGCACAGUGGUUAACCACUGGUGCCACCCAGGGACUCUGUAUAAUUUUUUAAAAAAAGUUGCCAUCGUGUCAUUUCCAACUCAGAGUGACCCCAUGUGACAGAACAGAACUGCCCCAUAGGGUUCAAACUGCUGACCUUUGGUUAGCAGCUAAGCACUUAACCGUUGUGCCACUGGGGUUCCUUCCCAGGGAAUAAGAGAUUGGAAAUUCUUCAGAAGAGAUCAGCCCCAAUCCAGCAGAAACCCUGGACCCAGUAGAAGGCAGAACCAGGAUAAAAAGCAGCAGAAGCAGGGAGAAAGCAGAAGCUGGCGUCCACUGAGCAGAGAAGUGGCAGCAGAGCAGUGUGAGAGGAGCAGGCCAAGCACUGUAAUGCACUUAGGGCUGCAAAAGAAACCUGUGUGUGCAUACCACAGCUUCCUUGCACAAGACACCCAGGCGAUGCAGCAAACAAGCAGCCAUUUAACAUAAAAUCACAUUUAUUCAAUUCUCAAUAAAGUGCCAGACACAGAAUGUUGGUGGCCAGAGGGGGGUGGAACUAAAGAAUGAGGAACAGAGGUCGAAAUGAGGCACAAAUACAGCCUAUCAUUGCUGGGAGCUAUGUUGAGUUUGACACAUAGCAGUCCCAUGUGACAAAGUAGAACUGCCUCAUAGGGUUUUCUAGGCUGUAAUCUUUACAGAAGUGGAUCACCAGGUCUUUCUCCCAUAGAGGCACUGGGUGGGUUCAAACCACUGACCUUUCAGUGAGCAUUCAGGUGCUUAACUGUAUGGCAGCCAGGUCAAGCUGGGCAGUACAUGUCCCAUGUCCAAAUCCCUCCACCUGGAAUGAGAACAGACGAGCCCACCCUUGAGGGGACCACACAAAAAUAUCAUGAGGAUCAAGAGAGGAUCUGCUUGAGCAAAGAUGAGUCUGGAAUUCUGCAUAAGUAACUGUGGUCUAUGGCCACCACCACCACCAGCUGCCACUGAGCUGACUCCGACUUGAGGCAACCCCAUGUGUGUCAGAAUAGAACCGUGCUCCACAGGGUUUUCAAUGGCUGAUUUUUCAGAAGCAGACCACCUGGCCUUUCUUCUGAGACGCCUCUGGGUGGACUUGAACUUCCAACCUUUUGGUUAGCAAUAAAGCAUGUUAACCAUUUGCACCACCCAAGGACUCCUGUAAAGGGAAAGAGAGUAUUUUAGGCUUUGUAGUCCACAUAUGGUCUCUGUUGCACAUUUUUUUCCUCUAACAACCCUUUUAAACCAUAAUCACCGUUCUUAGCUUGCAGGUCGUACAAAAACGGGCCACAAAGCCAGCUUUGGUCCUCAGGAUGUGGUUUGCCAUCCCUAGGUGAGGCAAAUGGUUUGUGCUCAACUAUUAAUCUAAAAGUUGGUGGUCUGAACCCACUCAACCAAACUGUGAAAGAAAGCCCUGGCAAUCUGCUUCCAUAAUGAUUACAGCCAAGAAAACUCUAUGGAACAGUACUACUCUUAACAGGCAGGGGCACCUUGAGCUAGAGUCAACUUGAAGGUGAAAGGUUUGGUUUGAUCUAAUCUCUUCUGCUAGAACUACUACUUAACUUUCAAGGCCCAGUGCCAAAUGAACCCUGGUGGUGCAG